AUGGCGAUUGUGAAAGCUUCAGGAUUUUGCAUAAUAUUUUUUGCUGAAAUAUUGUUCUCGAUGGGAGCAAUAAUACAAAGCAAUAGAUUCCCAUCACUUUCUGAAAUACCUAAUACAGUUGAUACCAGUGUAAGCUGGGAAACUAAAGUAUUUUUACCUCCCGGAAAUUAUCCUGGGAAACCUAAUAUACCAGGUGGAGACAACAACAUCAUAGAUACUCAGAAGGAUCAAACGUUUGAAGGUGCAAUCAAAGAUAUGGAUAAAGCUUUUGAGGGAGACAAUGACCCAUGCUCUAUGGUCAACGUGCCUUCAAAAAAUUUCAUGGUUGAAGGACGCAGAAUAAGUGAAGCGAAAUGCUUACAACACAUUUGGGAAGUGAAGAAGGAAGAAGAAACUACAAGAAGAGUCAAUCAAUGUAUGGCAAAAUUUAAAAACGAGUAUACUUCUGUGGUUGGAGGGAGAGACGCUGAGCCUGGAGAGUUUCCUCAUAUGGGUGCUCUUGGUUGGAAGAGAAAAGAAGGUGACUAUGCGUUCAUGUGUGGUAGUUUCCUCAUCAGUGAAAAAUUCGUUCUUACUGCUGCCCACUGCUACAGGAGUGAUGAUGAAAAACUCGCCCAUCCCACACCGAAAAUUGUCAGAUUUGGUGUCGAAAAUAUAAUUAAAGACAAGCAAACUCCAGUGGACGUCAAGAUUUUGGAAUUUAGAAAGCAUCCGAGCUACAGGCCUCCUCCUUACAAGACGUACGACAUUGCUGUAGUAGAAUUGGCCAAGAGAGUCAAAUUCAACAAAUUCAUCCAACCAGCUUGCCUGCUCAACCAACAAGUAGAUAGUGCUACGGUUACUGGAUGGGGAGUCGUUGAUACCGUAUUAUACAGUACAAAUACCAGUGAUAAAUUGAAAGUCGCCGAAGUAGAUAUUGUGCCGACGAAGAGGUGCAAUAAAUUGCUCCGAGCGAAACGUACUGAGCAAUUUUGGAAAGCAGUCCGGAGUGAUCAAAUCUGUGCCACCAGGCUGAACGGGUCGGCUGACGCUUGUGGUGGUGAUUCUGGCGGGCCUCUUCAAUCAGUCCUUUCGGUUAACACCAAGAAGACCAUUUACAACGUCAUCGGCGUCACCUCAUUUGGAUUCAAAUGUGGUGUUUCAAAGUUCCCGAGCAUCUAUACUCGGGUCAAUAGCUACAUUGACUGGAUCGAAGAGCAGGUCUGGGGGAGCCAUGAGAGACAGUUCCAGGCCAUGAAAGCCAGUGGUGUGAAUGUUCAAAAAGUCCAGCAUUUCACUGAAGGUGACCUGUUUUGGUUGAACAAGCAGCUUGGGCGAUGGUCGUAUGUCUCGCAUGACUUUCCUGAGUUGAAUUCGGUUUAGACUUUAUAAUAAGAAGAGUCUUGUAGAUGUAGGAAUAGGUUAUUCUUGGCAACUUUAAAAGAUAAAUGACAUAAAUGAAUUUAGGGCGAAGUAGUCAUCAUCAUCAGCCCAUUAACGUCCCCACUGCUGGGGCACGGGCCUUCCCUAUGGAUGGGGAGAUCGGGCCUUAAACCAUCACGCGGGCCCAGUGCGGAUUGAUGGUUAUUAACGACUGCUAAUGCAGCCGGGACCAACGGCUUAACGGACCUUCCGAAGCACGAAGGAGCUCGAGAUGAAAACUUUUUUUGUGGUCACCCAUCCUAUGACCGGCCUUUGCGAAAGUUGCUUAACUUCAACAAUCGCAGACCGAGCGCGUUUACUGCUGCACCACCGAGCUCCUCCGGAUUAAUUUUGGAAUGACUAAUUCCGUUUUUAAUUAGGUUAUAAGCUAAAAGACAAAGACGUAUUAUAGAAUAUAAAUAAUAAUAAAAAAAAGUAUUGUACAAUCUCUAAACGAUUCAGGCAGUUAAAAAAAACUAUAUUAGUUGAAUUAAGAAGGUACACCAAAGAUAUUUUUUAAUUCUUAGACUGUAUAACCAAAGUAUUACUUAGGUAGUUAUUGUAGAAUUAUGCU